UGACGGUUCUAAAAUUAUGAGUCGUCAUUUUUGGUUGGACUGUCCUUUUAAGUAGUUCUAAUAUCAGCAGUCAUACAGUCAUGAAAUGAAUCAUGAAACUAUAUCACAUAAAUCCCCCAUACCCCUUCCCUGCUCUGACGCCACAGAAAGGCAUUGCGCAAUUCGUACCCUAAUUUAAUCAGUCCACCUGCUCUAAAAUUAGCAGGGUCACCAGUUGCAGACAGCAGAAAAACAGACGGUCCACGAGAAGAUUUCCUGUAUAACUAUAGUGAAACUCAGCCUCAUUCAACAAAGGGAUAUAAAUAAUUGUGCCUUUCUAGGAUUAUGAGAUCAGCACAAACGCAAACAGAGUUGACUCAAUACCUACAAUUUACUCAAAAUCAACGUCAAGAUGCCAGUGGACAGAAUGAGAAUGCGCCCCUGGUUGGAGCAGCAGAUUGAGAGUGGGCAAAUUCAAGGUCUUCACUGGGUCAACGAGGAGAAAAAGAUAUUUCAAAUACCAUGGAUGCAUGCAGCCAGACAUGGAUGGGAUUUGGAAAAGGAUGCACCGUUAUUUAUGAACUGGGCCAUUCACACAGGAAAGUAUCGUCCAGGUAUUGACAAACCAGACCCUAAGACAUGGAAAGCAAAUUUCCGUUGCGCUAUGAAUUCUCUACCAGACAUUGAGGAAGUGAAAGAUAAAAGCAUGAAGAGAGGAAGCAAUGCUUUCAGAAUGUACAGAAUGCUUACCUCCCAUGAAAAAGCUGUUAAGAAAGGGAAGAAAAGGAUAGACCUGGAGCAAAGAGCAAAAAGGGGUUUUCAGAAACGGAAAGCUGGCACUCCCAGAAAAUUUAAAAUGUCAAAAGAACAAAGAGAAGACAGCUUAAUGGAAGAAACUACACCGGACAGCACUGUGCUAUUUGCUGCAGAAGAUACAAACUCAGACAGAUUUGGAACAACUAGAAGGUCACAAAAUGAUACAUGCUUAUUCAUCAACACAGAGCAGGAGAGCUUCCCUGUACCCACGUCAACUGUGAGGGAGAUGGCUGUAGCUGAAUUACCUGACGUGUGUGCAGUUGUUGAGGUGGCAACGGAGAAUGAAGAACCUGAGUUUAGCUCCACUGAAGUGUGUCUGCCUCUCCAAGACUCCCAUGUUUCAUCCUACAGUGAGAGUGACACAGAGAGCACAUACAGCGAAGAAGACUUAAUACAGCUUCCCCAGGACUUGUCCUUAAAAUCUCCACAAAGAUCAUCAUGUAAUUCUGUGUUAAGGAUUCCACCAUCAGCCCAAUCCUCACCAAACAGAUUUGUCACAUCUCCAAAAAUAAACUUCAAAGUGACCAGCUGCAGAGAGGACCCACCCCUGAUUGCCUACAACACUCCUCCAUGGUUUCCCUGCCUGUUUAAUUUUCCAAAAGCCACAAGCAUGCAACCCUCAAACCCUGCCCCGUCACCAGAUCUCACCAGCUCACCAGCUUCUCAGGAGGCAAGUGUGAUAGCUAAAGCUGUGGACCUCUCUGUUGCAAAGCACAAAACACUACAAUGAAGACACUUGAAAUUCACAACCCCGCUGCUGUUCUCCUGAUACACCUAUAACCCCAUAAUUAAACAUUAAUCAAGUACUCUCAGGUGCAAGAUUUCCCUUAAAUAUUAUUCUGUAUUCGGGUUUAGCUUUAAAGCCAAACUGAGUUCUCCAAGCUAUCUGAUUCCGUUAUACUAUACCGUUACUUCUGAAAUGUUUUGCAACACACUACCUCGUUCUCAUAACUAUUAAAUUGUAUAACUACCUCAUAGAUGUGACACUUGAUCACAGAAGCUGUCAGUGUAAGCUAGUAAUAAUGCAGCAUUGAGAGAGUAUGCUUGUAUUCAUUUUGCAUUGGAGUGACAUUUCAUACUUGUUGACAGCUGAUGUAAUAAAACAGAAAGUAGAACCGUUACUGGAGAAUUUUUAAGGGGAAUUUGCAUGUGUUUUUCUACAGGGUACUGUAGAGUUUUUUGAAAGAAAUGCUUAAGGUUUUGUAUAUUUUCAUAUGAAACAUCUGAAUGUAUUGUUUUAGCAAAUUGGACAUUUUG